UGGAAUAAAGAUAGGGAAAUUUGGAUAUGGUCAAAAAGAAUAAGCAGGCGAUCGAAGCUCUUAUACCAGCAAAAUCUGUACUAAAAACAUAAUUAGAGAUUUUUAAUAGAGAAGUCAUUGGCACGUGCCUGUUACGCCGCUAGGAACAGUGAAAAAGUUGCUUGGUGAAGAGGUGGUGAGCUUGGCUCCCACUUUUCCACAUUUUCUUCUUUAUGCACAUGUGGGUCUUGUCCAUGUGUACAGGGAUCAUCCGAUUUUGUACGAAGAUACCCACUUGGCAUGUUGCGCCCUUUCUUUCUACUAUAUAUUCUUUUGCCAUGAUGUGUAUUUUUUUAUCUCCAAAUCCCAUGUCCCACGAUCGAAACAAGAGCAAAAGAGAGAAUUAUAAAGCAGAGGAAAACAACAAAACAACCAAAGCACUUCAGUUUUUUACUUUUUAGUGAGCUUAAAUAACCCGUACUAACUGAAGAUUAGAGAACUCGCGUGUGUGAUUUAGACCACUCCAAAGCUAAUGGAAGAUCUAUGCAGUCCUUUUAAUUGGAAUUUUCGCCAUGAAGGAGAGGGAAUGGAAGAGUUAUGGUACUCCCUUUUAUGCACCACGGUAGAACUGGAGACACAAGUUGAAUCAGCAAAAGAAGAGAUUACAAAGAAAGAAGAUGAAAUUCUAAUACUUAACGAAUUUCUGAGCAGAGCCAUCAAAGAGAAAGAAGAAGCCGAAUCCAAUUGCCAAAGCAUAAUGUUGGACAUUGUCACCCUUAAAAAACAACUACACCAAGCUCAAAAAGAGCAGCCAAUUGCGCCACACAAUGGGCUAGGAGAGCCAACAAAGGAGAGUCAAAACCACUUUGCUGACCAAAUUUUUGCCUCUUCUUGUGAGACGAAAGAAAACGAAGUCAGUAACGAAUCAUGUGAAGAUAACAAUAUGGACUCAAUUUUGCAGCCACCAUUAUUAUCUUCUUCUUCUUCAUCAUUGUCAUCUGAAUUGCCUCCAGGAGCUGAGCAGUUGGUGGCUGGAAAGCCAUUGCCGGAGAAAGGGAAGCUUCUUCAGGCAGUGAUGGAAGCAGGACCCCUGCUUCAGACUCUGCUCUUGGCUGGACCACUUCCACAGUGGCAGCACCCGCCGCCGCUAGUUAACUGUGUUGAGAUUCCUCCUGUGGCCAUUUCUCGGCCCCUAACACAAAGCUUUCUUGGCCAAGAAGAGUACUCUUGUUUGAGUCACAACAACAAGAGAAGCCUACCACAUUAUGAGGGAUGUGGUUUCAACUCCAGCACAAAGUACCAAAAGGUUGUUCUGUACUGACAAAGGGGUAGUUAGUUCACUUUAGCUGUUAAGUUUUGCUUUUAAAAUUUCUUGUGAAACCAUCCUUCUCAUUCAUUAUUCAAAGGAAUCAACAUGAACUGGAUGGUUAUUUUGUACCAGUUAAAGAUUGAUUUAAAUUACAUGGAAAUUAAAAUCCUAACUAAUUCAGUAGUCUUUUUCAUGUCCUUGGAGACUAAAGUUGUCUUUUCCAUGGGGUAACUUUUUAGUUUUUCUGCCCAAUUGUGAAUAAUAUGAUGUUUAAUUCACCAGAUUA